GGACCGCGCUGCCCUGGCUGAACCACAGCGGGAUGGCGCGCUGACCGCGGCCAUGCAGGCUUGAGCGGACGCCCAGGGCGCGCAGGGGACAACCGCGGGCGCAGGCUGCAGCACUCCGCCGCCGCCUUCCCAGCCCAGCGGGCAGUGAAGUCGCUUACCAUGGAGCCCGUGACCAAGUGGAGUCCCAAACAAGUGGUGGACUGGACUAGAGGGUUAGAUGACUGCCUGCAGCCAUACGUCCACAAGUUUGAGCGGGAGAAGAUAGAUGGGGAGCAGCUGCUGAAGAUCUCCCACCAGGAUCUCGAGGAACUGGGUGUCACACGGAUUGGACACCAGGAGCUGGUGUUGGAGGCUGUCGACCUUCUCUGUGCACUGAAUUAUGGCCUUGAGACGGAUAAUAUGAAGAACUUGGCUCUGAAACUUCGAGCGUCUUCCCACAAUUUGCAGAAUUACAUAAGUAGCCGGCGGAAGAGUCCCGUUUACGAUGGGAACACGUCUCGAAAGCCCCCCAAUGAGUUCCUGACUUCCGUGGUGGAGCUCAUUGGCGCUGCCAAGGCCUUGCUGGCUUGGCUGGACCGGGCUCCGUUCACAGGGAUCACAGAUUUCUCUGUGACGAAGAACAAAAUCAUCCAGCUGUGCCUCGACCUGACCACGACAGUCCAGAAGGAUUGCCUCGUAGCAGAAAUGGAGGAUAAAGUUCUAAAUGUGGUCAAGGUUUUGAAUAGCAUCUGUGACAAAACAAUGCGCUCGACUGCGGAUCCUGUUAUGAGCCAGUGUGCCUGCCUAGAGGAAGUCCACUUACCGAAUGUUCGACCUGGGGAAGGCUUGGGUAUGUACAUCAAGUCAACCUAUGAUGGAUUGCAUGUGAUUACUGGAACCACGGAAAAUUCUCCUGCAGACAGGUCUCAGAAGAUUCACGCUGGUGACGAAGUCAUUCAAGUUAAUCGGCAGACAGUGGUCGGUUGGCAGUUGAAAAAUCUGGUGAGAAAGUUGAGAGAGAAUCCUACGGGUGUGGUGCUGCUUUUGAAGAAGAGGCCCACAGGCUCUUUCAACUUUACUCCGGCUCCCCUGAAGAACCUGCGGUGGAAGCCGCCUCUCGUGCAGACCUCACCCCCACCCACCACGACCCAGUCCCCAGAGAGCACCAUGGAUGCCUCCCUGAAGAAGGAGAAGCCAGCCAUCCUGGACCUCUACAUCCCUCCCCCACCCGCUGUCCCCUACUCUCCCCGGGACGAGAAUGGGAGCUUUGCCUAUGGAGGACCCAGUAAGAGUAAACAGCCGAUGCCUGGGUGGAAGGGUUCAGAGUCCCCUAACUCCUUCCUGGACCAGGAGAGCCAGAGACGCAGAUUUACCAUCACUGAUUCCGAUCAGUUGCCAGCUUAUUCGGUGGGAACCAACGUUCUGCCCACAAAGAUGAGAAGGAAGACGCCAUCGUAUGGCAAACCCCGGCCUCUGUCCAUGCCUGCAGAUGGGAACUGGAUGGGGAUUGUGGACCCAUUUGCUAGACCUCGAGGUCAUGGGAGGAAAGGGGAAGAUGCCCUCUGCCGGUACUUCAGCAAUGAGCGGAUUACAACCAUCAUUGAAGAAAGCACAUCUCCUGUGUACCGCUUCUCCAGACCCUCAACCGAGCGGCACCUGGUGCGAGGUGCGGACUACAUCCGAGGGAGCAGGUGCUAUCUCAACUCUGAUCUACACAGUAGCGCCACCAUUCCCUUUCAGGAGGAAGGGCCCAAGAAGAAGUCAGCCUCCUCUGCCAAGGCGUCUUCUGGGGAGCCUUCCCUGCUGGUCAGCUGGCUGACGCGCCUCAAGCUGUUGACUCACUGAGCUGCCCCGCCAGCCUCCUGCCUGUCUCCUGCUAGCAAGUGCCUUCUUCCUCAGUGGACAGCUUCUUCAGACUCAUCUGC